UUGUUGUGAUGGAAGUCAAGCUGUGCCGUACAAAUACCGCGACAAGCUAAUCAGCAGCGUGACACUUUUGUUUCGCUACAACGCAGUAACAACUUCGUGUUUUGUCACCGGAAACGCACGGCAAACGAAGACGCACGCUGAUCGAAGAUGACUCGGCUGUGCCGGCCGUUGGGCUGGCUGCUCCUCAUCGGCGUGGUAUGCGCGCAGCAGACGUCCUACUCCAGUAACGGGAAUAACGGGAACACCGGAAAUAAUAACGGGAAUAACGGGAACAACGGGAACACCGGCCAAUGCGUAAUGCACGGCACCAGCCUGAACGGCGUGUGCGACAACGCCAAAGUGCAGAGCAUGGCCGCCUACCGCGAGGACGACACCGUGGCGGACGGCGUCCUCACCACCAACCAGGGCGUCCCCAUCGCCGACGACCAGAACUCCCUCAAAGCCGGUCCGCGCGGCUCCACGCUCCUGGAGGACUUCAUCAUGCGCGAGAAGAUCACGCACUUCGACCACGAGCGCAUCCCCGAGCGCGUCGUCCACGCCCGCGGGGCGGCCGCCCACGGCUACUUCCAGGUCUACCGCUCCCUGGCCAACAUCACCCGCGCCGCCUUCCUCCAGGACCCGACGAAACAGACCCCGGUCUUCGUCCGCUUCUCCACCGUCGGCGGGAAUCGGGGGUCCGCCGACACCGUCCGGGACAUCCGCGGGUUCGCCACCAAGUUCUACACGGACGAGGGCAACUUCGACAUCGUGGGGAACAACGCGCCGGUCUUCUUCAUCCAGGACGCCAUCAAGUUCCCGGACUUUGUCCAUUCGGUUAAGCCGGAGCCCCAGAACGAGAUCCCGCAGGCGUCCUCCGCCCACGACUCCCUGUGGGACUUUGUCGGGCAGCAGUCGGAGACGAUGCACGCCAUCUUCUGGCUGAUGUCGGACCGCGCCCUGCCCCGCGCCUACGCCAACAUGGAGGGCUUCGGCGUCCACACCUUCCGGCUGGUCACCGCCGACGGCACCUCCCGCUUCGUCAAGUUCCACUGGAAACCCAAACUCGGCCUGCACUCGCUGCUCUUCGACGAGGCCGCCAAGAUCAACGGGAAGGACCCCGAUUUCAACCGGCGCCAACUGUGGAACGACAUCGAGGCCGGCAACUUCCCCGAGUGGGAGCUCGGGCUGCAGGUCAUCGAGGAGGCCGACCAGAACAAAUUCGGGUUUGAUCUGCUGGACCCUACGAAGCUCGUCCCCGAGGAGCUGGUGCCGGUGAUGCGCGUCGGGCGGAUGGUGCUCAACCGCAACCCCGACAACUACUUUGCCGAGACCGAGCAGGUGGCGUUCGAUAUCGGCAACGUGGUGCCCGGUAUCGACUUCACUGAGGAUCCUUUGAUGCAAGGCCGCAUCUUUUCCUACCUGGACACGCAACUGUCCCGCCUGGGCGGCGUCAACUUCAACGAAAUCCCCAUCAACCGGCCGGUGUGCCCGUUCCGCAACAACCAGCGCGACGGUUUCCACCGCGAGACCAUCAACGUCGGCCGCACCAACUACGACGUGAACACCGUAAACAAGGGCGUCCCGGCCCAGAGCCCCAGCCGCGGCUACAAGACCUACCCCACCCUGGUGUCCGGCACGAAGAUCCGCGUCCGCUCGCCGACCUUCGACGACCACUUCUCGCAGUGCACGCUCUUCUACCAGAGCCUGACCAAGCCCGAGCAGGACCACAUCGCUUCCGCCUUCUCCUUCGAACUGAGCAAGGUCACCUACCAGUCCAUCCGUGACGCCGUCGUCCAGAACCUGGAGAACGUCGACGCCGGCCUGGCGGCGACGGUGGCGCACAACCUCAACAUGGCGCUCCCCCCGAAGAACACCGCCGACUUCCCGAAGACAGUCAGCCCGUCGCCGGUGCUGAGCGAGAUCCUCAACACCGUCAACGACACUAUCCGCACGCGGGUGGUGGCCGUCCUGGUGGCCGACGGGGUCAACGGCGACGCCGUGGCGGCCAUGAAGGCGGCGCUGGUGGCGGGCGGCGCCUACGUGAAGAUCCUCAGCAGCCGGUUGGGCAGCGUCGCCGUGGCGGCCGGGAGCGCGGCGGUGGUGGCCGACGGGACGCUGGCCAACACGCCCAGCAUCGUCGUGGACGCCGUCUACGUGCCGGACGGCGGGGACGCGGCGGCGCUGGAGAAGCAGGGGAGCUACGUGCAGUAUCUGUACGAGACGUACGCCUACCUCAAGCCGCUGGCCGCCGCCGGCUCCGGGAAGACGCUGCUGGCCAGUCUCGGCCUGGUCCCGGCGUCCGACAGCCAGGCGCCGCCCGACGGCGUCCUCAUGACGGCCGCGUCGAUGCCGGGCGCCGACUUUAACCAGCAGUUUAUUACCAAUAUCGGCUUCCAUCGCUUCUGGAACCGCGCCGAUGUCGACCAAAUUCCCAACUGACCAAAUACCGUUUUCUUUCUAUUUAUUAAUUUAUUUACUUAAUAUACAGUUUGGUUCAAAGGCGUUUUGUUCACCCCUAAAUUCUCAAAGGUUUCGCCGCUGCUUUAUGUCUGUGACGGAUCGCACACCUCCAGUAUACAACCAAAAAUACACUAUUGUAACACAUGUAAUAA